UUGCAUACAUCCAGACGAUGGUGACCCAUGGACGUGUCGAGCUGCUCGCCCAUCCACUCAGUCAAAAGUAUUUACAAAUGAAAUGGAAUUCAUAUGGCAAAUAUUUUCAUCUUGCCAACUUGCUGAUCUAUUCCAUAUUCCUGCUGUUUGUCACCGUUUUUUCUUCGCUGAUGAUGAACGGCAUCGAAAUUCGUCCUUUGUCGAUAAAUUCGUCCAUUGUGGAUAACUGGAAUGUUUCGCUGACGAAUGACACGAUUUUAGAUGACCAGAAGAAUCUCAGCAACACCGAUUGGUCACAAAAUCCAGCCGGUGGUGGAGAAUCUUUUGCUAUGAAAUAUGGCGAGACCUAUGAGUGCCUACAUCAUUCCACCGCCUUGGUAUUCUGCGCUAUAGCCAUCGUCGUUUAUAUAGCCUGCAAUUCUUUGCGUGAAAUUUUACAAAUGUACCAACAACGGUUACACUAUAUCUUCGAAAUAGUCAAUUUAAUAUCUUGGGUUCUACAUAUAUCCGCCUUGAUCAUGGUAUGGCCUGUAUUUUGUUCGGAUGGCAAUAUAUCGACUGUGCACUACUCGGCUGCAGCGGUAGCG